CCCCAAAAAAAAAAAAAAACAGAGCAAGGUCGAGAUCGGAAAGCAGAGUCGUUUUGAUUUCUGAAAACAGUUUUAGGAAAUGAGUGCUCGAGAUAAACAGCACCAUCAAAAGGAGCAGGCUUAUCGGGACUCCCUUAUUGAAGAUUUGGCAGAUGAUUUUCGUUUGCCAAUCAAUCACAGGCCUACAGAAAAUGUAGAUCUGGAUAAUGUGGAACAAGCUUCAUUGGACACGCAGUUGACAUCAUCUAAUAUUGGUUUUAGGCUUCUUCAAAAAAUGGGAUGGAAGGGGAAGGGUCUUGGGAAGGAUGAGCAAGGAAUAAUUGAGCCAAUAAGAUCUGGGAUCAGAGAUCCAAAAUUAGGUGUUGGAAAACAAGAGCAAGAUGAUUUUUUUACUGCAGAAGAAAAUAUCCAGCGGAGAAAGCUUGAUGUUGAGGUGGAGGAGACUGAAGAACAUGCAAAGAAGAGGGAGGUGUUAGCAGAACGUGAGCAGAAAAUUCAAAUUGAGGUGAAAGAAAUACGCAAGGUGUUCUAUUGUGAUCUAUGCAACAAGCAAUACAAAUUGGCUAUGGAAUUCGAGGCUCACCUUAGCUCAUAUGAUCACAAUCACAGAAAGCGUUUUAAAGAAAUGAGAGAAAUGCAUGGUACAAGCAGUCGGGAUGAUAGGCAAAAACGAGAACAGCAACGUCAGGAGAGAGAAAUGGCUAAGUUUGCUCAGAUGGAGAAUGCUCGUAAGCAGCAGCAGCUGCAACAGCAACAGCAACAGCAACAGGAAGAUUCUGGGUCUGCUCCAGUUCCCACUGAAGUGAGAGUUGCUACUGCACUCACAGAUCAGGAACCGCGGAAGGUGUUGAAGUUUGGUUUUUCUUCUAAAGGUGGUACCUCCAAGAACUCAUUUGGUAGUGCUGCAAAGAAAAAACCAAAAGUAGCUGUUGCAUCAGUUUUUGGCAAUGAUAGUGAUGAAGAAAAGUGAAAUGUUAUCCUUGCAGCUGAGCAUCAGCAUUGUACUUUAUGUAUUGCUAGCACUGCCUUCUGUUUAAUGUUUAUGUAGUUUAUGAUGUGACUCAUGCCCACAGUUUUUUGCACUUGUAUGGUUAGGGGUCAAAUAAAACGCAUUUUUUAUGUUGAAAAUUUAAGAGCAUUGAUAAGUGCAAAUGAUUUAUUCGGAAAAUUUCUAAGUUGAAUGUAGGACUUACAUUUUUUGAAGAGGGGUAUAUUCUAUUAUGCACAACUUACACUUGAAAA